UUAAGUAUGCUAGAACUGCCUUUGCUGUGAACUAGGCUAUUUGUUUAAUUCAACACAUUUCAUAGCCGUUACAAAACAAAGCCCAGUCGUCUGUAGGCUAGGUGAGUGAGGAACAACAGAAGCAAUAAGAUCAGGCCCGGAUUCAUUCCACCSGAGGGGUUUCUUGGCCACGCCUCUACACACACACACACAAGCGUUUCAUUCAACAUCAGUAAAAUUGACAUAAUUUAUUUGCCUUCCACACUGUACUGCGAUAAUGGGCCAUGGGCUAUAACUCGAAAGUAUGUCUAUAUUCUUGGAUUGGAACAUUAACAAUGCGCAUGUUUUCAAUUAAUUCUCUUUUACAAGGACAACUUCUGAAUUCUGGAAAAAUAAAUAAGCCCAGGGUAGGUGGUGGGGUGGUGCUGGUUCGGCGGUUGGUGAAGGCUCCGCCGGACAGCGACAUGUUCCAGGCGGCCACCUCGGGGGACCGUGACUGGCUGCGACUCAGCCUGAAGCGGGCGCUAUCCCCAACGCAGCUCGACAAACAGGUGAAACAAGCACUGUGUCGGCAGCUUGACUCGAUGUCAAUUCAAUAACUCCAUCUCUUGAAGUGCUAGUCAUUUGUUUAUAUUUAUGCAUUCCAACAUGUUAUCUGUGGCUGUACUGACCUGCUGAGUGUCUGUGUCUGUCUGAGCGUGUGCGUGUGCCCAUCCGUCUGUACUUGUGUGCCCUUUUGUGCCUGUCUGAGUGCACCGUGCUCGCCUGUAUACCUAUAUGUACACACACACACUAGGGUCUGACAGUGCUCCACGUGGCCGGCCUACAUGGGCAGUUGGAGUGUAUGAAGCUGCUGUUGGCAUCCCAAGUGGUGGACAUAAACGCCAGCUGCCCCCUGGGCCGCAGACCCAUCCACAUGGUCCUCACUGCCAAGAGCAGACCCCACUCCCAUGCCUGCCUCACCUACCUACUGGAGCAUGGAGCCCUGCCAAACGUAGCCACUGACACAGGGUUGACGCCCCUCCACCUGGCUGCCACCGAGGGCCUGUGGGAGUGUACCAAGACUCUAGUGCAGGUGGGGGCAGACACUGGUGCACAAGACAACAGAGGACACACACCUCUGGAACUGGCACGCAUCUGGUGUCACAGAAGGAUCGCCAGGUUUCUGAAGGACUCUAUGUGGCAGAACGAGAAGAAAAGAGAGAUGGAGAGGCGCAAGGCGCUGCAGAACCUUCAGCAGGACCUGUUCAACAUGCACAGGAGGGCCGAGAACAUAGAGAAGCUGGGGAGACAGAACUUGAUGGAAGAGAAGGUCACGGCGUGGGCCGAUAAGAAAGGCCUUCCCCUCCUCUGGGCCCAGCCUAGGGCCACGUGGAACCAGGCUCACGCCCACUGCCUCUCCCCAGACCAGAGGCCACAAAGCCAGAGGACCAAGGCCUGCCACAGGCAGUGUCCAGGGGCCCCGCCUCGGGAGGCCUGGAACAUCUCCCCCAACCCCUCCAAACCCCCACCGGCCUCUGUCUCCCGGCCCCAGGGGGUGCGUCUGAGCAGCCAGCCCGAGAGGUCCCCUCCAGAGCCCGACCUGAGGCGCAGCGUAACUCUCUGCAGGGCCCGUGGGGAUGGACGUCCCCAGUACACUACCAAGUGGGACGGGUCCCCCCAGUCGGUCCCCAACCUGCCCUGGGAUGUCCUUCAGAGGGGGCUGUUUUCUGCUGCCUUCCCAUCAAGGAUCGCCUCGCCCAACCACUUCCAGCCCAACCAUGUGCUGGACCUGCCGCGCCUCGGCUGCUCCCCAGGACCCAACACCUCUCCCUGGACAGAGGUGGCCAUGCACUUGGCCGAGGAGCUGGAGCCUGGCCACUACUGACUGGAUGGAGAGGUAGAAGUUACCCCUAACCAAUGAUCCAGAGUCAGAUUUCUUUCAUCCCUCGUAAUUGUUAAGGUUAGAAUGGCAGGUAGGGUAAUCUGAUCCUAGAUCUGUGGUUGGGGGCAAUUUCUACCUUAAGGAGUGGUGGAGAUCCACUUUCUCCCAGUCUUACUCUACUAUAAUGGAGAGACACUGUACUUGACUCUACUAUGUCACAAAGCAUCACAGGCGAUUGGACAGUGGUGUUCUGCAAAACAUAACAGAUUUUGCAUAUCAGGAGUAUUAUUAUUAUUGUAUAUUCUGUAUAUUCUCGUCCAAUAAAAAUUGCCAGAGAUUAUGAAA